AGGCUGCAGCAGUCCUGAAGGUUGAUGGAGGGCCAUGCUAUUCAAACAGCAGGCGUGGCUGAGACAGAAGCUCCUGGUGCUGGGAAGCCUUGCCGUUGGGAGUCUCCUGUAUCUAGUUGCCAGAGUUGGGAGCUUGGAUAGGCUACAACCCAUUUGCCCCAUCGAAGGCCGAUUUGGUGGAACCCGCAGUCAGGCUGAAUUCCCACUCCGCGCCCUGCAGUUUAAGCGUGGCCUGCUGCACGAGUUCCGGAAGGGCAACGCUUCCAAAGAGCAGGUUCGUCUCCAUGACCUGGUCCAGCAGCUCCCCAAGGCCAUUAUCAUCGGGGUGAGGAAAGGAGGCACGAGGGCCCUGCUUGAGAUGCUGAACCUCCAUCCAGCAGUGGUCAAAGCUUCUCAAGAAAUCCACUUUUUUGACAAUGAUGAGAAUUAUGCCAAGGGCAUUGAGUGGUAUAGGAAAAAGAUGCCUUUUUCCUACCCUCAGCAAAUCACAAUUGAAAAAAGCCCAGCAUAUUUUAUCACAGAGGAGGUUCCAGAAAGGAUUUACAAAAUGAACUCAUCCAUCAAGUUGUUGAUCAUUGUCAGGGAACCAACCACAAGAGCUAUUUCUGAUUAUACUCAGGUGCUAGAGGGGAAGGAGAGGAAGAACAAAACUUACUACAAGUUUGAGAAACUGGCCAUAGACCCUAAUACCUGUGAAGUGAACACAAAAUACAAGGCAGUAAGAACCAGCAUCUAUACCAAACAUCUGGAAAGGUGGUUGAAGUACUUUCCAAUUGAGCAAUUUCACGUUGUCGAUGGAGAUCGCCUCAUCACGGAACCUCUGCCAGAACUUCAGCUCGUGGAGAAGUUCCUAAAUCUUCCUCCAAGAAUAAGUCAAUACAAUUUAUAUUUCAAUGCUACCAGAGGGUUUUACUGCUUGCGAUUUAACAUUAUCUUUAAUAAGUGCCUGGCGGGCAGCAAGGGCCGCAUUCAUCCAGAGGUGGACCCCUCUGUCAUUACCAAAUUGCGCAAAUUCUUUCACCCUUUCAAUCAAAAAUUUUACCAGAUCACUGGGAGAACAUUGAACUGGCCCUAAAAUAAUAUGUCAUACAACACUAUGUGUUGUGCCUGGAGACACACAAUGCCUCCUCUAGAUUAAAAUAUGCACUUUUCCUAGACACAGCUAUCCAAGUCAUUUUUCCAUGUAUACUUGUACAUACUCAGUGUGUGACCAAAUAUAAGAUCAGUUCUUUUUCUAGUGAAAAUUUACAAGAAAACAAUUGCUGUCUGCUUAGUUGCAUCUCUUAAGCUAUUUACAAAAAAGGGUUGUUGGUACUGGGGAAAAUUGACUGCAGCUAUUCUCAAAGAGUUAGUCUUCCUCUGAUUCAAAAUUUGUCACCCGCCAUUUUCAUAGAUUUAAGCCAAAAGAUGAAUGUGUGAAAAUGUACCAAUAGCUGUGAAGCUUCAGGAAGUAGAGGAUUCACUUAUGCAUUUUUUUUUUUCCUAAAGGAAAGCUGGCUCUUUAAUUCAGAUCCUGAAUUGGUGCCAUGAAAACAGAAAAUGCUAUUUUCUUAUUAUUUUAAAGAAUGUCUUUUUUCAUAAAAUUGACAUUGUUCCAAAGUUCCUGUGCUGACUUUGCACUAUUGUUUUCUCGUAUGGACCAUGGUGUCACUUGUAGCAUGUCAAUCACACAUUGGAAAGUCAAGUCCUUUUACUUCCAUGUUUUAUGUCAACAAAAAGAAAUGUUGUGUACAAAGUGUAUAUUGUUAUAAAUACUGGUUUCACACUAAGUAAUUCUAUUUUGUAAACUGAAUAUGGCUAUUUAAUUUAUUGUGAAAAUUAAAUUUAUUGUGGUAUUUAAAAAUGGAAUGGAUUAAAAAAUUACUCUGUGAAUUUUUUUUUUUUUUUUUUUACUCAUUUUGUUUUAUGGGCCCCCUGCUGGUUUCCAAAAUGGAAGCCAUUUCUGUGCACAUGAGAGCACUUGGAAAGAUGUGCUUCUCCACUGGAUUUCUAUACCCUUGUGAAAAUGUAUUUAUGAAGUGAGGUUGAGUAUAUUAAAAAAAAAGUCUCAACCAUCUGGAAAUCGAGUAUAAAAGCCGCCUCAAAGAACCCUAGGUGCUGCUCUGCUACAACUUCGUAACACGUAAUUGACUGGCAGUUGCUGCCUUGUUAGGAGAGAGACAAGGAAUCAAGAUAUAGAAGAAUCUCAGUUUUAUUUGAACCUCUAAUCAGAGUCAAACCAGUAGAGAAAUUAAAUAAAAUAAGAUUAGAAAACUUGUGUGGUCUCUUUACUGAAAGCUGCUGAUGCUUCAAAAAUGAAUAGAAGCUCAGAACUCUCUUUUAGAUGAAAAUAUAUCAGUCUGCUCAGAAAUGAUCAAAUUGCUUAGUGUUGCUAUUACUAACAUAAACAUAUGGCUCAUAUUUCCAUCCAGAGAAAUUAAUGUUAAAUUGGGUGCCUCACUAACAUCAGAUACACUGUAUUAUGCUUAAAUAUAAUUUAGAAAAAUGUGGAAAGAAGUAUCAACAACAGCAAAAAAAAAGAUGGAUUUUUCACAAUCACAGUUGCUCAUCCCGUGGAAGAUAUUUGAGAGAGUUUUGUUCAACAUCAUGUUGAGAGUGCCUAGAGAAAUCAGCAAAUUACAGUGGAUUCCCCUUUGAUUGUAAUAACUGUUGAUUUUCUCCACGAGUUUGUUUAUACUGUCCAAUGAUUUGAUGGAGAACUUUUCUCAAUAAAUAGCCCUUUCCCCUCCCGUGUCAGUA